UACAAAGACAUGGAUUUUGAUUCAUCUAUGUUCCAGUACGAAAGCCUUAACAGUCCCUUUGUAAAUUCUUCUGUGUGUGCAGAAACAUUCCAUUGGGAGGAGUUUUUUCUCUUCAAUGAAGAAAACAACACCAAUAUUCCCUUCAGCUUCAAUGAGCAGUCACAGAUGAAGGAAUCAUCCUCAUCAGAUUCCAACUCUUCAGGGUGUUUGGUGAGCAGUGAGUCACAGGUGGAAGUGUCCUCCAAUCUAAGUGAUGCAAGCGAAGGACAUGUGGUGAAAGAAGCACAAGGUCCUAAGGAGAAGAGACCCUUUAGGGGAGUGAGGAGAAGGCCAUGGGGGAAGUUUGCCGCUGAGAUAAGAGACUCCACAAGAAAUGGUGUUAGAGUGUGGAUAGGCACAUUUGACACAGCAGAAGCUGCAGCACUUGCCUAUGACCAAGCAGCUUUCUCCACAAGAGGUUCCAUGGCAGUGCUCAACUUUCCAGAAGAAGUUGUGAGAGAAUCACUGAAAGACAUGCCCAACAAGCCAUGGGAAGAUGGUUCCUCACCAGUGUUGGCACUCAAGAAGAAACACACCAUGAGAAGAAAAUCCAAAGCCACAAACAAAAAGCCCAAAAGGGACCACCACCAUGGAAAUGUGCUUUCACAGAAUGUCUUGGUGCUCGAGGAUUUGGGCUCUGACUACUUGGAACAGCUUCUCAGCUUAACUUCUUCUUCUUCUUCUGAUCAUGUCUUUUUCUAGCUAGGUCUUAGUUUCGUUCGUCAGUUAAUCCUGCUCUUGAAUUUCGUUAAUUAACGUUAAUUCUUUCAUGACUUGGUACUAGAUUUGUUGUCGUUGGCAUUCGGAUUCGCUCGCCACUUCUCAUCGUUUGCUUUUUCCGAUGCCCUCAUUAAGUAAUGAGAGCGAAUAAAAUAGAGUCCAAUUGUAUAAACAAAUGACAUCAAGGAAAAAAUUAUUCAAA